UGUUUACGCGUCGGUUUCUGUGGCAACCAAAUGUAAAUAAACAAUCGUCGUGUCAAAGUCAUGAAUGUUUCCCCAGGAAUAAAGUCUACUAUUCACCUGAUUAUAUUCGAAGCUUUCAGUUGCAAGGUAUACGUUCACUGGUAUGGUUGGUUUCCAAAAAUGUAUUGUUCAAGUGUUUCUGUUAGACUUUCGCGUGAAGGUUUAUUAUCAUUAAGCUACACCAUUCAUUCGAGUAUUCGUAUACUGAAUUAAAUAAUCUUUGUAAACUGCGCUUUUAAAAUAGAAUAAAGUGCGAUUUUCAUCCUGCAUCCAAUAUUAUUCUCUACCCAUACCUUCUGGAAACACGAAAAUUUGUGCAUGGUAAACAUGACAACGCGUUUGAUACCAUGACAUCACUGUUUGUUUACAUGCGACUAUUUCCUCAACGGUACUGAAAGAAAUGAAAUGAUACUUGACACUCCAUAUCUACGUUAAUUCUUACGAAUUGAAGGUGCUCUUUUCCAAGUCGGCUAUUUGUAUUGAUUUAUUAUUAUUAUUAUUUUUUUUUUCAGUUUCCAGUCACAUACAAAGAUAGACUAAGUUAAAGGAAUCAAAUAUCAAACAGUCAGCAUAUUAUACAUUAGAGAAUACCACGGACGGGGUGGUUAUUUUUACUGUGUCUUUCAUGCCGGACUUGAGGUUGAAUUUCAGGUGCAACAGUAUCUCCAUACUCUAGCUGCUGAUACACAGACUUGGACCAAAUAUAUCAUAGUAAAAAUAUUGAAUAAGAUUUCCAGAAACCGAUUCCCUUAUUUCUAAUAUAAGCUGAACUCUCUUUCACUUCUUUGGAAUGAUCUUUCGUUUGAAGACAUUUGUUUUCAAAUGUCACGGGAAGAAUACUAUGGAGUAUGAACAGAAUUGAAUGAUAUAUCUCAGUAAAUAGUUAGUGCAAACUUGAUGUUUAGUUUGGAGGUUGCUUUCAUAUCCAUAAUGCGUUGUUUAUAGGCAAUUCCAGAUGAUAUCAAAAGUGAAAAGCCAUUGAUAUUCGACCAAGCAAACCCCAUCGGGUACGUUGAAAGUCGACAAAGCGGUCAAAUACCACUUGCCAGAUGAACUCACAUUCGAGUCUACGCUGUUGCUAGUAACAAUGGACAUCACUAGAUGCUGUUGUAGGUGCUUUUGAAGAAAAGCUGCUAAUGGAUAAAGAUUCAGUCGAAGAAGCAUCAGUAAAUGAGGCUACUUGCUUGUUCCCAAGAUGACGAAGUGAAUGAUGGUUGCAUAGAACUUCGAAUUAGGAAUAGAUGAAGGACUCUCAUAAGAAGAGAUUUUGGGAAUAGUCUGUAAAAGGAAAAGAGGUAUUCGACUUUCGGUGAUUCCAUCCAGCUGCUAAUCGAAUUCCAACUAUCUGGAUGUCACUGUGGGCCAAUCAUUAUCAGAUUAUGGAUUAUAUGGACUAGAAGUAGAGAUUUCUGAAAACCAAAUACCAGAUAUUGAAGUAAAAGACGAGACGUUUGAUGUACCGGAUGAGUCUUAUGCAGAGUUGCUCUUAACAGCCAAUGCUUUGCCUUUUGAGGAAACGCUUAGAGGGAUAAUUGACAGAGCCAGCUAUGUUCCCAGACGGAUACUUAACGGUAAUUCAUCAUACUUUUUGACUCUGACGCAUUUUUCAUAAAAUGUCAUCCAUCGGCUUUCUGUUACCGCUCGGAAACACACAUCUUUUUUACCAUUCCAUUGGGAAAACCAUGCGAAUGUAAAUUAUUAGUUUUUGAUUAUCCGUUUCGGCGCAAAGUCUCCGUAACGCUUUUCAAAGGACGGAUGGAUUCAACUUUUUAUCUGAACCACUGGGAUCAUAGUCUGUUGCUUGGUAUGUAAAAUAUGUAAACCUUUCAGUUCAUUAAACUUCUUAGUGAAUAAAUGAACCAAACGUCUUUAUAGGGAUAUUUUUCCUUGCUAUGUGAAGUAAAGCAUGUUUACAUUGCCCCUUCAUCCUUUAUGUUCAGUAUUUCCACUGAAAUAUCAUGUCAUACUUUAUCUUCCGUAGAUUCCAGUCUUAUAUUGUUAUUAAACUCUGAUGUCAAUCCCCUUUCAGUUGGAUACUGCUUUAGCUCAGAUUCCCGAAAGGAAAACUGCUGUCUUGGGAUACGUAUACAUUUAGCAAUUUGUUCAUAUAACCUUUAUUUUAUUCUUCGGCAAGCCGUAAUUCACUUAGACUCGGGUAUUGACACAAACGAAUGGCACUAGAAAAUUAUAAAAGGCGUUCGUUUCAUCGCUUUUCAAUUAAGGUCCAAGCGAACGUAUACAGUAAAGUUACUUCUUCUUUUUAAUUACUCUUCCUCAUUAUGUCAAAUAACAAAAUCACUUUCCUCACCAAUUGGGAAGCUACUCCUUACCACUUGCCCAUUUUUUUGGCCCAAAGUAAUGGCUAUUUUAAACAAGAGGGCAUCGAAGUUGCUAUCUUAGAGCCCACUGAUCCGUCCGACGUUACUGCUUUAAUCGGCUCUGGUAAAGUGGACAUGGGCCUCAAAGCCAUGAUUCAUACACUGGCUGCAAAAGCUCGUGGAUAUCCUGUGACAAGUUUUGGCUCUUUACUUAACGAGCCCUUCACCGGUUUAAUUACCUUAAAAGGAAACGGCAUAAACGCUUUCAAGGAUAUUAAAGGCAAGCGUAUUGGUUAUGUUGGUGAAUUUGGGAAGAUCCAAUUAGACGACUUGUGUAGCAAAUUUGGACUUUCUCCCACAGAUUACACAGCUGUUCGUUGCGGUAUGAACAUUGCUCCUGCCAUCAUCAGUGGUGAAGUUGAUGGCGGUAUUGGCAUUGAGUGUAUGCAACAAGUACAGCUCGAGAGAUGGUGUAUUUCUCAAGGACGUCCUCGCUCUGAUGUUCAAAUGCUCCGCAUUGAUCGACUCGCUGAAUUGGGUUGCUGUUGUUUCUGCUCGAUCCUCUAUAUUGCCCACGAUGACUUCAUUGCAAAGAAUCCGGAUAAAAUCGUUUCCUUCUUGCGAGCUAUUCGUUCUGCUACACUUUCCAUGCUCGAAGACCCUGUUCAGGCUUAUAAGGAAUUUACGCACUUCAAGCCUGAUAUGGGUCUUGAGCUGCACCGUGAGCAGUUCGAGCGUUGCUUUGCCUAUUUCUCUCGCGACAUUUCCAAUGUUCCAAGAGACUGGAACAAAGUUACCAACUACUCGAAGCGUCUUGGAAUCGUCCCCCAAGACUUUGAACCAAAUUGUACUAAUAGCUAUUUGGCAUGGGAGUUGGAUCCUGAUGAGAAGGAUCCCAUGGGCAAACAAGAAGCUAUUGCUGAAAUUCAAGACGAAAUCAAGGUAAAGGGAGGAGUUUUUAGUGGAAAUACCCUUCGGUACGUCGAACCUGCCAAUUUGUAAGUCUACAAUUCUGAACCCAUUAGGUUGUUUAGUAUUUCUUAAUGAAUUAUAUCUAUCCCA